GAUUAGACUCUGCCUGUCAUAAAGAUUUGUUUCAGAGAAACAAACAAAAAGCUCAAAAGAGAAGAAGAUAUGGCUGCUUCUUCUUCUCUAUGUCUCUUAACUCUUCCACAACGCUUCGCAGUCACCUCUAAACUCUCUUCACAUCCCCCUAAGUCAAAAUCAUUAUUUGGGGUUCAUGUGAAGUGUAGCGUGGAAAACGUGAGUUGUAAUUCUGAAAUUUCUGAGGGCUUGGAAAAGAAGACUAAUUCUAAGGAAGUGUCAACGUCUCGCCGUCGGUGUCUUACAUGUUUAUGUUCAAGUAUAGCUUUGAUUAAUGUUAACGGCAUAUCAGUUUCUGCACUGAAGGCAGUGGCAUUGGAUGGAAAAGAAAGAUCCGUAUGCAGAAAUUGUGGGGGUAGUGGUGCUGUUCUUUGUGAUAUGUGUGGUGGUACAGGAAAAUGGAAAGCUCUCAACAGAAAACGCGCAAAAGAUGUUUAUGAGUUUACAGAAUGUCCAAAUUGUUACGGUCGUGGAAAACUUGUGUGUCCAGUUUGCUUAGGAACUGGUUUACCAAAUAACAAAGGUCUUCUUAGGAGGCCUGAGGCACGAAAAUUGCUUGACAAGAUGUAUAAUGGUCGAUUACUGCCAAAUUCUUAAGUAUCAGAUGUUCUACUCUACUGAUUAUUAUUCAACAAGAUGAACAAAUCCUGGAGUUACUGUAUGAAUGUUUCUCUCAGUACAAUGCAUACAUGUGGCUUUUUGUCUGUAAAAUAGCCCAGUAAGUGGCCUAAGUUUUAAAUUUUUACAGGAUUUUUCUUUUUUCAUUCUUUCAAUUUUCAUUUGUCUUGAGCAUAUAUGAUUUCAACAUGCCAAUACUCCUUGUAGUAUACUAUUACAUGAAAGCAGAUUACCCCUCUUAAUGGCAGUUCUAGUAGAACCUAAA